CGUGCGCUCCGGGCUGGGCGGUUUGGGGGGGGGGGGGGGGGGGCUUUGGAUGAGAGAUUGAGAGGUCGGAGGCGAGACGAGACGAGACGGGGACGAGCAUGGAGAUCGCCGCAGGCGAAGCGGCGUCCUUGGAGACCGACCUCUUGCAGCUCAAUGAGGUGUCCCCCCUGGCUCUGAAAUCGAACUCCGAUUUCGUGGAGAAGAUCUUCCAGCAGUGGCUCGCGCUCCCCGACAGCAACCGGCUGGUGACAUCAUUGAUAAAUGAUGCAAAGGCAGGUGCAUCUCUGAAUGCUCCUGGGAGCUCUUCGAGCACCAGUGCUGCUUCAGGCAAUUCAUUACCUUCCAUGUUUGCUGCUGGAAAUGCACCUCCACUUUCCCCUAGAAGUACACCCGGUUCCCCUAGAAGUGCAUCCGGUUCCCCUCGUAUAAUGAAACAGAGAGCUGGCCCUUCUAAUUUGGGUUCUCCUUUGAAAGUAGUUAGCGAGCCAGUUAAAGAAUUAAUACCACAGUUUUACUUUCAAAAUGGCCGGCCGCCUCCAAAAGAACUGAAAGAACAAUGCAUAUUGAGAACCAAUCAAUUCUUUUAUGCUCACUCCGAUGGUUUGCAGAUAAAUGACUUCAAAUUAGUUACGAGGGAAAUUUGCAAGUUGCCAUCAUUCUUCUCGACGUGUCUUUUCAGAAAGAUUGAUGUUAAUGGCACUGGCUUCAUUACGAGGGAUGCGUUUGCUGAUUACUGGAUAAAUGGGAACAUGUUGACACUGGAUGUAGCAACUCAAAUCUAUAAGAUUUUGAAGCAACCAAAUCUCAAGUAUCUCACUCAGGAUGACUUCAAACCUGUGCUUCGAGAGCUUUUGGCUACUCACCCUGGACUGGAGUUUUUGCAGACCACGCCUGAGUUUCAGGAAAGAUAUGCUGAAACAGUGAUAUACAGAAUAUUUUACUACAUAAAUAGAUCUGGAAAUGGCAAUCUGACUCUCAGGGAAUUGAAACGUGGGAACUUGAUUGAUGCAAUGUUACAUGCAGAUGAAGAAGAAGAUAUAAAUAAAGUCUUGAGGUAUUUCUCUUAUGAACAUUUUUACGUCAUAUACUGCAAGUUCUGGGAAUUGGAUACAGAUCAUGAUUUCUUGAUAGAUAAGGAGAACCUUAUCCGAUAUGGCAAUCAUGCACUUACCUACCGAAUUGUAGAUAGAAUAUUUUCUCAGGUCCCGAAAAAAUUCACCAGCAAAGUUGAAGGGAAGAUGGGUUAUGAAGAUUUUGUUAACUUCAUACUGGCUGAGGAGGAUAAAUCUUCUGAGCCUAGUCUUGAAUACUGGUUUAAAUGCAUAGAUUUGGAUGGAAAUGGAAUUUUGACCCGAAAUGAAUUGCAAUAUUUCUAUGAGGAGCAGUUGCAUCGUAUGGAGUGCAUGGCUCAAGAGCCUGUGCUCUUUGAGGAUAUUUUGUGUCAGAUAAUUGACAUGAUUGGGCCAGAGAAUGAAAGUUAUAUCACAUUGAAUGAUCUGAAAGGCUGCAAACUCUCGGGAAGUGUAUUCAAUAUUCUUUUCAACCUCAAUAAAUUUAUGGCUUUUGAGACCCGUGAUCCAUUUCUCAUUCGUCAGGAAAGGGAGAAUCCAAUGUUGACAGAGUGGGAUCGCUUCGCCCAUAGAGAAUAUAUUAGGCUUUCAAUGGAAGAAGAUGUUGAAGAUGCCUCUAAUGGAAGUGCAGAAGUAUGGGAUGAGUCCCUUGAGGCUCCAUUCUAAGAGCGAUUGGUUUUUUAAGAAGAGAAAAAAUCAUCAUCGAGAACAGGCAACGAAGCAAGAGAGCCAACCUGGAAUGAAUUACCCGAUGGAUUCUCAUUCACCUAUAAACUUGUUGAGAGGAGGAACUUCUGCAGAUGGUCAAGAUGGCCUGCCACAGAGCAGAGGCUUCUCUAAAAAAUUGGACGUGGGCUGAUAUUUGGACUUUCGGCGAUAAUAACAAGUACCAAAUUAACAUUUCUGUGGAGGAAAUAUCGGCCUAAACUACACUCAAUUAAAGUCCAAUUCGAAGCAUUGACGCCAUUGGUGAUCUUCUUGCCAGUUUCUGAGAUAUUUGUUUCUCUAGCAUAAGUGGUUGGUGCUUCUCUUAAUAACUUAAGUUUUGAACAUCAGUUUGGUGAUUCUUCUAGUACUCAGAAACUGGUACAAUCAUUUGGCAAGGUUGGAGAGGUAGGCAAUUCUUUCCGUUUUUCUUUCCCUUUUCGUUGGUAGAUUGUUCGAAUAAUGGUUAUUUAUGAAUGGGUUUUGGUAGUUUAGAAGAAA